GCCGCAGCAACUCGUUCACCAGAGCUGAACCUCAGCAGAGAUAGCAGCAAGCAGGCACUUCCACGCCGCGCAGGCUAACUCGCUUUCGGCUUUGGUUCGAGAUGGAGAGUCGUAGGACCGUGAGGCGCUCCAGCGCCCGCAACUUCAAGGGUGGUUUGUGUCUGUGGCUGAUUCUGUGGCUGGUGGUGGUGAAGCCGAGCGGGGUGUCUGCAUGCCCGAGGUUGUGUGUGUGUUACCCCACGCCCAUGACGGUCAGCUGCCAGUCCCAGAACCUUACCAUAGUGCCGGCCGGUGUGCCAUAUGACUCUCAACGUGUUUUCCUGCAGAACAACCGCAUCACAGAGCUGCGUGCCGACUCUUUUGGCUUCGAGACACAGGUACUUUGGCUGUAUGGCAACAACAUAACGUGGGUUGAGGCCGGGGCCUUCAGUAACCUCAGGGUGCUGGAGGAGUUGGAUCUGGGCGAUAACCCGUUACAGCGCCUGGAAGGUGGAGCCUUCAGGGGCUUGGAGAGGCUGCAGAGCCUGCACAUGCAUCGUUGCAAGCUGGCCACUCUCCCCCAUGACCUCUUCCACAAGCUGUACAGCCUGCAGUUCCUCUACCUGCAGGAGAAUCAGCUCCACUUUUUGCAGGAUGACCUGUUCUCAGACCUGGUCAACCUCACCCAUCUCUUCCUGCAUGGAAACCGCAUCCGUGCCCUGUCUGAGAAUGUGUUCAGAGGCCUGGUCAACCUGGACCGCCUCCUUCUCCAUGACAACCGCGUCAGGCAGGUCAACCGUCGGGCUUUCCGUGACCUGGGCCGCCUGACCAUCCUUUACCUGUUCAACAACUCCCUGGCCGAGCUGCCAGGCCAGGCCAUGAAAGACACCCAAGGCAUCCAGUUCCUCCGCCUCAAUGGUAACCCCUGGUCGUGCGGCUGUGAGGCUCGUCCCCUCUGGGAGUGGUUCCGCAAGGCCCGCAUCUCCUCCUCUGAGCUCAUGUGCACCUCCCCAUCCCAACGUCGCGGCCAAGACCUCAGAUUCCUCCGGGAGAUGGACUUCGCCCUCUGCCCUCUGCCUGACCCUGGCUCUCUGGCGGGAUCCACCACGACCACCUUCAGCACUAAGACCCGCUGGUGGUUCUCCAAGCACAAGCCUGUAUCUUCAUCCAAGGCCUCGUACCAGAAGAGCACAGAGGCGGUGAAGGCCUUCCCCUUCCCUGCCGGAAAGCCUCAGUACCUCCCCAAGAACCCCUCCGAGACCUUCUCCUCAAAGUAUGAACUGUCGGAGGAUGAAGUAGCGCUCCCCAAGCUAGACCAAGAAGAAUAUUGGACCAACUACGGCAAUGAAGACGCCUCCAUCCGCUGCCUAGAGCUGGAGUGCCCCCCAGGCUAUGACACAGCCUUCCCCUCGUCCUCCGCCUUACGCAGCACCCCAUCCCUCCUCCACCUCCUCUCCCUCUCCAUAGUCACAUUAUCCCUCCAUUUCCUUUUUGGCUGAACUCUGCUCUCCUUCACUCCCCUUUCCCCUCUGAUUUCUCUUUCCAACCCUAACAAAUACCUGGAUCUUGAUUCCUUUCAGUUACCUCCUCGACUUGCAGGAGGUGCUACACUGACACAGGAGACAGGUGAGGCAGCAGGGAGCUGUUUUAAAGAGCAGAGAACAGUUGAGUUGAUGUAGAGCAGGACAAGAAUUCAAUGCUGAAGUAGCUGCUGCUUAUAGUACAGGCAUUAAAAUCAGGGAUCAGAUCAUGGAAACUGACUCUGAUAGUGACGGUACAAAGGCAGAAAUCUACGGCAACAUGAUGAAAUGAUAGAGACAAUAUACAGCUCAGCUGUUGGUGUCUCCUGGUGGUUUUUGAUAACACAGCUAUAAACAACGCAGGCGUUGUGACUCGUCAACAGCUAUUUUCUAUAGUGCUCACCAUCAUCCACUCACAGCUAACAUAUUGUUCCUCACUUAUUUAUUUCAUUCAUCAUGAAUGAAAGUGGGGAUUGAUUAUACCAGAAGUAUGAGAAAGAGGUGGAUUACCACAGAUAAUGAGUCUUGAGAGGAAAGAAUUACAGUGAGAAGUAAAAAGAAAAUCAAUACAAUGUGAGCAGAGUGGGCUAUAGAUGUUCAUCUAAAGGCAGAAAAGAAUGAGAGGAUCAGAACUGCAGCCAAGAGCAGCUCUACUCUCUCCUUCAGAUUCAAAUCUUGUGUGAUCCCAGCGAUGCCAGCAAACAACCAUCACCACCCACACUUGUACAUACCACUAAUCAACACUGUACAUACACACAUCCUAAACUGCUUUGUAUUUUAGAUUAGCUGGAUUUUUUAUUUGGUACCAUUUAGUAAACUACAGUUUGUGGCGAUAGAUACUUAGAUUGUAAAUGGAAGGCAAACAAAUGAAAUGUGAAAACUCUAUUUUUGCCCCCCCAUGUUUUUAAGUGUUGUCUCCUCCUCUCUCUGAAAAGGGAAGGCUUGUGCUUGAGAUUCUGAUGUUGUUUUUUUUUUGGUGUGUGAUUCAGUUUGUGUGUGUGUGAGUGGGAUUGGACUGCUAUAGACUAAUAACCAAAGUCUUGAGAAGAAAAGAAUUACUUUUACAGUCUAAGUAAGACAACCAGUUUGAUUAUGUCUCUUCCUAAAAUGAGUGCCUCUGUGUAUGUGUCUAUUUUUCCUUUAAAAACAUGGCCUUUGUCUCUCUGUCUGUCUUUCUCUCUGUCUGUUUGUCUGGAUGUUCAAACUGACACAGAACAAGGUAAAAACAACACCAGGGCUAAAUCCUACACAGCUCUUUGUGUUAUUUGAAGCCUCAGGUCUCUAUCCUGCUGGCUCCUGUUAAACUUUGACCUGCAAUUGGUCUCUGUCAGUGUGACUAGGUACGUAUAUAUAUGAGGAUGUGUGUAUUUCUUUUUAGCUCGGAUUGAAAGUUUAAAAAGUCCUUUAUUCACUGAUAACCUUACUAGGACCCAUAACUGUUGAAAAACUAUAGUCUCAGAAAUGCAUGGGAAUGUGGUUUUUACUAUUUUCUGAACAAUGGGUAAAUCCAAGGAUUUAUGUGAUUUCAGUGAUAUCUGUAUUGGAUGGUACUACAGACCAUAAACAGACCACGAGGACAAUCAAGCUCUAAUAUAUGAAAUCAUCUUUCCCAUAUUAAAGCUGUACUUUAUAAGAGAACCUUUCUGACUCAACUGUGUGAUUUGGAUAAUGGGAUGGGUAGUGAUUGAGCAAUCUGUUAAACACGAUGCCAAUCCAACCUAUUGUGAUCCGCAUUAUUCAUGGGGGUCGUAAGUUCCUUGUCAACCCCAAAUGUUAGUAAGUCCAUACCGUGACUGUGAGUUCCUGCGUAGAACAUGAAGGAUACUGUGAUGCUGUUAGAUUCUGUAUUUUUCAAUAGAUAAACUUGUUAGGAAAGUGUUUUGGUUCAUUAAAAAAUAAAGAAACAAACAAACA